GAGGUAGCGCAGCAGACAAGGCAAAGUCAAUAGAGGCGAGCUCAAAGCUUUUUGAAAAGCAGACGUUUUUCAUUACGCAAGACCCGACCCACGAGACGCAGAUAUUCAACGCAAUGGGAUGCGACGCUGACAAGCAGGAACCUGUUGUGCGAUUUUUGUCGGUCUUGAAUGAGUAUGGCGAUAUUUCUUGCUUCUUCCAAUUAUGUAAUAUGUCUCCUAUGUAAAUUUGUCUUAUUCUAACCUCCCCUCGGCAACCGGUCCGAGAUCGAGAUACAGGCAGCCAGUGAACUAGCAGCCGACCUGAGCUACCUGCAAGACCUCGAGAUGGAGCAGCUGAGGAAGUAUCUCAGUGACCCGACAGUUUUCGAGGUCUAUUCGAACAUCCUGGGUCAUCUAGACAACAGCUUCUGGGGACCAGACGGAAAUCCUAUAGACGACAGCUCGGAUCGCAUAGUCAGCGUGAGGACGGGCAAGCUGAAAAAAUCUUUGAUGGGCAAAUCAAGAUUGCCUGCGGAUCUAGAUGAAAUCGAAGGACCCCAGAAAGCAGAAAAGCCCCCUUCAGAUCCAGAAAUCACAGCCUCUGGAGCACCAGAAAGCACAGCCGCAGCACCAGGAGCAGUCCCAGAAGGAGCUGGGACAACGACACAGGGUGGCUCAUCUUCCUCCUCUUCGUCGAAGAAGAAAAAGAGGGUGAAAGAUCCAGUAGAUCUUUUCGAUUAAGGCUAGUUUUGUUGAUGGUAAUUUCGUUUUUCCGGAGUGACUGUUCACCUGUUGUAGUAGAUGGCGAGGGGUAGAACAAUGGGAAAUCGAAAUUCAUAGAAAUUUAGAAAGUACAAGUAGGUACCACCGCUUAGACGUACUACGAUAAGUAGCUAACUAUGCAAAUGCAUCACAAAGAGAAUUUCCGUUUCUUCCUCUAAUCUCGACGAAGGCAAAAGUACAAAGAGCGGGCGAAAGACCUCUUUCGGACACCGGUCACGCCCUACGAAAGUAGGGAUCAGAGCUGUAUUCUUGCACUUGGUAGCGAAAAGUUAUGGCUUCUCCUAAUCCAUCUCGUGAAGCAUCCUGUUAAGGCUUUGCAAGGGUAAAAGCGGCCCAGGAUGAGUUUCAAGAUGGAAUCGGGCGAGCUCUAAAAACCGGCGAGAUCAGUCUAGUAAGGGUGACACCAGAACGAGUUGCGCCAAGAGCGAAAACUACGACUACAAAUGGAGCAAGUGCCGCUGACUCAGAGAACAACAGUUUGAGUGCAGCGACCGCAGGGAUGAGCAACGAUGACGCCUUCGCAUACGUUUUCGGCGGCAAGUCACUGAAAUUACACCGCGAGACCAUAUGUACGUGGCAGGCGCACGAACCAGGACAGAAAAUCACGAGUCUCAAGUUGUUGCCAGGUGUGCAAGCGCUCAUUAGUUGUGGCGACAGUUGCAGUGUGAAGAUAUGGCCUUUGGAUACGUAUUUUGGCAGCGACGGUCGCGACCCAGAGGAUGAGCUGAAUGGAGUGGAUCACUGCUGGGUACAAGAUCAGUCGGUCCUUGAUAGCGUAGAAAGCUAUCGGCAUUAAGGCUUGUUGCCCUAUCAAAUACUUAGAAGUUCAUCGUACAGCUACAGUUUUACAGUUUUACUUUUACAGAUUUCAACAUAGAAAACCUUUCUUACUGUUCUCUUACUUAAAAGUGUUCAUCUUAAUACAGUUCUAAGACCUUUCUUACAAGAAGCAUCUCCUCUUGUCAACAACUUUCAUGACUCUUCUCAAGAUGAACUUCAGUUAGAGUCGUAAGCUCUAACGACUUGACACGAAGAAGCUGAUACUCAGUGACACGGUCUUUUACAAGAAACCCUGGGUGAAUGUGGUGCUAGGACCAGACGUGACGAGCAAGACGUUAGCGUGGUACAUGCCAAGAUGUCUGCGGAAGAGCCUGCUGUUCAAAUAUCAGGUACUUCAUCUACACUGUUGAGUAUCGAGACUUUUUCUUUAGAAGAACUAGAACAUCAACGUCUUGAAAAUCAUUUCACGCAUAGCUGCUGCUCGUCAGGGAACACACUUCAAUCCACCUUUUUCUUUCCUCUUAUUUCAGGCCUACCGCGUGCUCGAGAAGCUUAGGACCCAAGAUCUGCUCGGAGAGGAAGAAGGCUCGCUGCAUGUGCAAACGAGUAUCAAGCUGUAUGAUAGGUAUUACGGCAAGCUGAAGGCAGAGCAGGACUUGAAAAACGAGUACGCACGGCGAGAAGCUGAGAAGUUGAAGGAGAAGAGCAAGGGCAUAUCGCUAGUCGAGGUGAAGUCUUAUUAAGGCUUGGGAGUUGACCUAUCAUCUAAGAGCGUCUCUAUGUCUUCUUCAAGUAGGAAAGCCACAGAUAUGCGAGCUAGAGAUGCCAACUUUCAACCCCUAAUCUUACACUGUUUCAAGUGUGAAGCCAUUACCAGAGCCGGACUCGCUGAGACCACUGACGAUAUUCAAAGAGAUGACGCAGACGCACGAAAAGCCUUGGGUCAGCAAUUGGCAACCCAUGAAGCACGUCCUGAGAGAGCAGGAGCAGCGGAAAGCGCAAGCAGCAGCGGCGAAGGACGAGAAGAAGGGGAGAAGAGCCAGUGUGACCAACCUACAACUUGGUACAACUAGUGCCUUCAUCUUCAUCUUGAAUCACAAUAUUAACCAACGAAAAAGUAGUACAUUAUAGUUCUGUAAACUCGACUAACCAACGACCUGCAUCGCUCCCCCUCCCAUUUCGAAAACUCAAACUCGACACGACUAACCAACGACCUGCAUCACUUCCUCGUCUCUCACUUCCUCGUCUCUCACUUCCUCGUCUCUCACUUCCUCGUCUCUCACUUCCUCGUCUCUCACUUCCUCGUCUCUCACUUCCUCGUCUCUCACUUCCUCGUCUCUCACUUCCUCGUCUCUCACUUCCUCGUCUCUCACUUCCUCGUCACCAACUCCCACCUCUUCCACAAUUACAGGCAAAAAGAAAAAAGCAAAGGGGAAGGAUCCUGACGCAGACAUGUUUUUUCCCGACCGGCUAAACAAAGCUUCCCACGAGUGGAAUUUCGAGCGACUUUAUGGUAAAGGCGGCGCUGGGCAUCCAGCUGGGGAGAAGGUCCUUAGGAGAACCUAUAGCGACAUCAAGAGUGGUCUGUCAUGGCGACCAGAGUACGACCAAUUCAAUACAGACAGAAAACGCAGAGUGGAAGAAGACAACACACAGAGGAGAAGAAGAAAGCCGGGACAGCCGGAUAUAACUGUACUAAUUGUUUCUUGCCUUAGUAUGUUUAGUCGUGACUAUGAUGCUCAUAAUUUUCUCAUUGUUUAAUUGUGGCUAUGAUGCUCAUUGCUCUCCCUAGUGUUUUUUUCAUCUGAAGUGCAUAUAUUAGUCCAGCUAUUUUUUUAUCUCAUUUAAUAGCUUUUUUCGGUCCUUUUUCUAGUUAGGCUGGCACUGGCUCCACGACCAUUAACUUUAACAAACAAACACAGAGCAACCACCUGCCUGCAGAAGAACGAAUGAAGAUUCUUAUGGAGACUAUAGCUGAACCGCUAGUACACGAGCAUAGGGACCCAACAUCCGAGCGAAUGGCUACCAGGAAGUGGCAAUCGUAUAUCUAAGAAGAUGGAUGUAUAAAAGAAGCUUCCUUCCAGAUAAUAUUUGUUGAUAGACACUAAUAGUGUUCUGAGAGUUAGAGCUAGACGCAAAAGCAAAACUAAAAAGUGGAAUUGAUGUUCGAUUGAAUUGUAGCAGUCUAUUCGUCAACAUGGUUUCCGUAUCCCCCUCUCUUUCCUGAUCACAAAUCAAAUGGCAAAUGACUGUCACAAUCCUGUCACCAGGUUCGUCGACAAAGAAAAAGCAAGCUUACCUCAAUCUUCGAAUAUUGACUGGCUUCGCACUACAAUGCCAGCCAGGUUUAGGACGGACAAAACCCAAGGUGCGGCGUCACCCGAACGUCAUAUCUCAAGUCCGGAGAAAACAAGGUAUUUAAUACUGUAAGUACCUUAUCUUACCCUUUUCAACACAGUGAGUCUCACGAGAUUUUUUUAACUCUACGUCUUCUACUCCAACUAGAGCUUACAACAAGAAGGGCUCCAGCAGCACCUGUCCUCGACUUCCUUCUAGAGAUCUCAAGCCACCUCGUAGGUAGUUUAUCUCUACCGCAUUCCUUGCUGCUCCUAUUCAUAGGUUCCUCACCACUCUCUCUGACUUUUCUGCGGUUCGUCGGCGUGUUGAGGGCACGAAACCGUCUAAGGACACGAGGGAUAAGUUCAAGCCAGAAGUAAACGUAGGCCGCGACUUCGCUGUGAGCGGUGGCGAUGUGAUGCUCAAAGGUGGCGAGGCUGCUCGUAGACGAGUUUCGGAUAUUUAAGGCUGCGAGUGAAAAUGAAAAGGUUCUUUGUUGUUCUCUUCUAUAUUAAUUCAUCUUUAAUAUCAUCGUUUAUCUUCUAAUCACUGCAGCAGAUGUUGUUGAGGCAGUAUCCGCGCAGACCGCCAGAGGAGGAGCAAAUGCUGAUGGAUCUCGCGAGCAAGCCUGGAGCGAUUUUGAUGUAG